AUGAGGCGUGCCCGCGUGGGCAAAGUGUGCUUUGGGCUCGAGGUCUCGAGCAGUACCGUGAGCAGCAGGCAGCAGGCAGCAGGUCAGCAGCGGCACUGCGGCAGUUCCAACAACUUACAAGUAACAAACACUUCUCCCUUCCUUCCUCCGCACUCCACCUCCGCGGCGUCGCCAUGGACGCCGACCUCGUGCAGCGCUGCCUCGAGGCCGGCGGCCGCGACCUCCUCCUCUCCUCCCUCCCCGUCCUCCGCCUCCGCCGCCGCAUCCUCAUCCAUCCUCCAGUCCCUCCCCCUCCACGUGUCAUUCGACCGCGGGUACUACCUCCUUGUGAAGGCGAUCCAGGAGUUGCGCGCGCGCAAGGAUGGGCAGGUCGUCACCGUCGGCAUCGGCGGACCCACCGGUUCCGGCAAGACCAGUUUGGCGGAGAAGGUGGCGUCGGUGCUUGGGUGCGUCGUGAUUGUCUCCAUGGAGGACUACCGCACGGGAGCUGGUGGCGACGACGGCAACAGCGACAUCGACGCCAUCGAUUUCGACGCACUCGCGCGCAACCUUCAGGAUCUUGUAAAGGGUAACGAUACGAUGGUGCCGCUCGUUGAUUUUCAAGAGAAGAAGCGUACAGGAUGGAGGCAACUGAAGAUUUCUUCAUCUGGAGUGGUGAUUGUCGAUGGUGCGUAUGCUCUGCAUUCAACACUAAGAUCAUUGCUUGAUAUCCGGGUUGCUGUGGUUGGUGGCGUUCAUUUUAGCCUGCUCUCUAAAGUUCAGCAUGAUAUUGGAGAUUCUUGCUCAUUGGACUAUCUAAUCGACAGCAUAUUUCCAUUGUUUAGGAAGCACAUUGAGCCAGACCUGCAUCAUGCACAAAUUAGGAUUGAUAACAGCUUUGUCUGUUCAUUCCGAGAACCUUACUACAAGCGAAAGUGCAAAAAUGAGGACCGGUGCCCGGCUCAGAUCUUUGCGGACUCAGUCUUUACCGGGUCGGCUGGCAGGGAAUGGAACAGAUGGGCCACUCUGAUCCUGAGCUGUUCAAGGGUAAUAAAAGCAAUUAUGUUUAUGGUACUAAAUUCACAGAUAUCCUGAGAAAUGAGGAAAAGAUCAACUUUAUCUUUAGCAAGUACCAUCUUGAAAAGGCAAAAUCACUUAAUGCGUAUGAGUUCAAUGUUCAACACAGUGAUCGCUACACUGAGAGCGAUAGUGUUACAAGUAAAAGGCGUAGCAUUGAUGGGCCCUUC